AUGGCAGAUAGGAUUGUGAGGCCAGCCUCGACGUGCAAGCCUGUCUGCUGUCCAAUUUCUAUUCUGAAGCAGGAGCCAAGUGUAGAACUUAACCUCCCCCUCUGCCUUUGCCUUCCAAACCACUUCGAGCUGCGGUUGCGGGAUACGGCCGAUGAAUUGAGCUUCAAUGUCUACUCUCUUCUGAUUUUUAACAGGAGUCAGCUGCUCGAAAGGAAGAAGCUUGGGCUGGAGUGGAGAGAACCUUGA